AGCGAAACCUAAAGCGACCAUUGCUCUCUUCGCGCCUCUUAGGUUUUUGUUUCUUCCCUUUUAUUUACGCUAUUACUUUACUAUUCAAAAAUUUUUCUUAAGUAAAAUCUAGAAGUUUCAGGAUGUUUUAGAAUAUUUUUUGGGCCCAAGCAAUGUGUAAAGGCAAUAGAGGAUAAUAUCGUCAGAGUUGAUAUAUUUGCAUUUCAUUUCACUUUCGUGUUUUCAUCGAAAUUAAGUUUAAAUUUUAAUCAGUCAGAGCUCAAAUCUUUGCGUCAUUCACACCUGCAAGAGACAGACAGGCGUGACGUUGCUGCUCUUGUUAGUCUGGGUCAAGUUCAUCUGUCUUUACCGUCAGUGAAGCAGUGCAAAGACCAAGCCUUCGCCAUCUAGUCACAUUACAUUUAGCAGACACAGGAGGUUUAUUCAAGUGUAUGUGCACAUCCAGAAGGCACUUUAAGUGUGCCCAACACUUGGCCCCCACCCCUGCGAUAUGAGCAGAGGUAGAGGAGGGUUUCACAACGAUUAUCAACGAUUUCCCUUUACACCCCACCAGGGAAGACCUCGUUUUCAUUCCCCAUCCCAUCCAUUCACCAGUCGCCCACGGGGCCCUCGUGUCCCAAGUCCUAGCUCUGUACCUGGAAGGUAUAACAAUCCUCCAUAUUACUCCUCCUUUCCUGCUGCAAAUCCACGCGGUCCUUACUUUUCCCCUUCUCCCUAUGAUCCACCCCAAUGGACGUCUCCCCAUCACAGCACUGAUCAGAUCUCUGACUCCCAUGUUGCAAGCUUUCAACAACAGCAGGUGCAGUUUCUGACCGGGGGGAGUUCACAGGCACCGCAGUUCAGGGCACCACAGUUCAGAGAACCACAGCAGCAAGGACUGCAAGCUUCCAGUAGAAGGGAAGAGGGCACACAAAGACCUAUCCAGUAUCAAACAGACUAUCAAAACUUUAAAACAAGCAGUAGUGGUUUUGAAAGAAGAGAAGGCUACAACCAAGACAGGGCCAAUUGGCAAAGGGAACAAAACCUUGGAUAUCCAUCUGGACCUAAGAAAAAGUCAGGUUGGAAUCACCCACACCAGAAGGGGCAGAAUUAUAGGAAUCAACAGUACUGGAAUACACAGGCAGAUAAUCUGACCAGUCUGUCAUCGAGCCUUCAUAGUCUGUGUUUAGAUGACCGAGUGAACAGGGUAGAGUACUCCGACACCUCAUCCUGCCAUAGCCGUACAAGCAAAGUUUCCAGUUCGUCUGGCACAGUCUGUUUGACCCCUGAGAUCGUAAAACAGGUUGUCUCUUUUUUGACGUCACUUGGGCCAGACGAGACCGUUCAGGCCAAGGUCUUGGCCAAAAAGCUUCAUCUGCCCAAGAAGAUCAUUAAUAAGGCUUUGUAUUCCCUCUUAAAGUCACAGCAAGCGGUGAAUACAAGUGAGACUCCUCCUCUGUGGAAACUCAGAAGGGAAGACAACCGUGAGCCCAUCGCUUGUAAAGACAGAGCGCAGUCUUCAAAAGAUACUGAGAGAAAACAAGGUCUGAGUUCAUCUGUAAAACAAGAAUCUCGAGAAGAUCUCUUAAGCAUCUGCACCAACUCGCAAGCACAGGAAAGCAGUGAUUCUAGCAACGAAUCGGAGGGCUCUGAAGACGACACUUCAAAACCGUUUCUCCCUGACCAACCAACGCUUUUGCCUACAGAAGAAUCAGUAAGUGUAUCGACAAUGGCAGAUUCUAAAGACACCAAAGAGCAGAUCCUAAUGUACCUGUACGAAUCGGGCACGGCCAAUGCGCUUGCGAUUGCCAAGAACCUUGGCCUUCGAGGUGCCAAGCAGGUUAAUCCCACACUCUAUGCCAUGGAGAAACAGGGCGACGUGAGACGUAACACAGAAAUUACACCACCGACCUGGGAGCUUAGCGUACAUCGCAAGGACAAGAUGGACCGGCAACGGAAAGCUGCUGCACCCGUUAAACAGGAAGUGAACAUUGCCAAGAUGUUAAACUCACCGUUAGAGGGAAAUGCAAAUGUGGCUGCUGUGAGGUUGGAGAAGACUGGCGGAAAUGUAGGAUUUCCCGGUGACGGCUGUGAGUUUACAACAGCAGAGCUGAUGGACAGGAGUGAAAAUCCAGUGGGAAUGUUGGCGGCAGAGGAUAAGGAUGGUGAUUUUGGAAGCAUAUUGCAAGACAUGCCUGACCUUGAGCCUAUUUUCCCCAAUCCCAGUGACCUAUCCUCCAGUGUCACCUUUCCACCUCCUCCUCCUCAUCAGUCUUCCUUCUAUCAGGAUAUGGCCAGUAAUGGAGGAGAACGCUCUCAGUGGGCGUCUGACGAUAUCCCAGAGUUCCUGAACUCUAUCAGGUCAGAGGUUGCUGUAUCGUUGCCUGCUCCCCCUCUGUCGGCACAAAGUCUGGAGUUAAGCAGAUUGCAAAAACUAAGAGAGGCCCAAAGUAAAAACCCAGUUAGUGGGCUAAUGGAGUUUGCUCAGCACCUAGGAUACAAUUGUGAAUUUCUACUCCUGGAACAAUCUGGACCCUCGCAUGACCCAAGGUUUCGGAUGCAGGUGAUGUUAGAUGGCCGCAGGUUUCCGCCGGCUGAGGCUUCCAGCAAAAAAAUAGCCAAAAAAGAUGCCGCAGCCAUAACCCUUAAGAUUCUUUCCAGAGAGAUUAAGGGAGGAGGUGGAGAGGAAGAAGAUAAACAGGGCAUUGAGGGAGCUGUAUCAACUGAAGACUUGUCAGAGGAUAUGCAAGGUGAUGCAGAUACUCCACCUCAGGCUUUGUCCCGGUCUCUUCCUGGAGGAAAGAAUCCUGUUUCCGUCUUGAUGGAGCACAGCCAACGCAGUGGGCAGGCCAUUCAGUUUAUCAACACUGGACAGGAAGGGCCUGCCCAUGAUCCAAGGUUUACGUUCCGGGUAAAGGUUGGCGAGCAGCUCUUCCCAGAAGCCUCAGCGCCCAGUAAGAAAGCAGCGAGACAGUUGGCAGCAGAAGAGGCUGUGAAAGAACUAACAGGAAGUGGACUGCUGCAUAUUAACAAGCCUUCAGGUAAUUUCUGCCCGCUGAGUGAAUGCGAGUCACAGCCAGCAAUGCCUGCGUGCCCCUCACUCCCACCCCUGACGGCAGCCGAGCUCCAGGCAGCCCAUGAAGCUGGCGUGGGUGACCUCAUCAACCACCUGAACAACAACGCCGUGUCCGGCCUGCUGGAGUAUGCCCGUGCUCGCGGCUUCGCUGCGGAGAUCCGUCUGGUGGGCCAGUCAGGACAGGCGCAUGAGCCAAAGUUUACGUACCAGGCAAAAUUGGGAGGGCGAUGGUUUCCUGCCGUGUGUGCUAGUAAUAAGAAGCAGGGGAAGCAAGAGGCAGCAGACGCAGCGCUUCGGGUGCUUAUAGGAGAGGCAGAAAAAGCAGCACGUACUGGAGAGCUCACGCCUGAGCUGCCAAUAUCAGGCAGUACAUUACACGAUCAGAUCGCCAUGCUGAGCCAUCAGCGCUUUAAUGCCCUCACAACCCGCAUCCAGCACAGCCUUCUGGGUAGAAAGAUUCUCGCCACCAUCGUGAUGAGGAAAGGUUCAGACAGUCUCGGCACAGUUGUCAGCUUGGGAACAGGAAACCGCUGCGUUAAGGGAGAGGAGCUCAGUCUUAAAGGGGACACGGUUAAUGACUGCCAUGCCGAAAUCAUCUCCAGGAGAGGCUUCAUCCGUUUUUUGUACAGUGAGCUGAUCAGGCACUGGGAAAAUCCCAGCGACGAGACUAUUUUUGAGUUGGCAGAUGAUGGCAAGCUUAAGAUCAAGUCUGACAUCACCUUUCACCUGUACAUAAGCACAGCACCUUGUGGUGAUGGAGCUCUCUUCGACAAGUCCUGCAGCGAGAGCGCUGAGAUAAACGGUUCUCAACACAUGCCUCUCUUUGAGAAUGCCAAACAGGGCAAGCUCAGGACCAAAGUAGAGAACGGUGAGGGAACCAUUCCUGUAGAGUCCAGUGAGAUUGUGCCCACAUGGGAUGGCAUUCAGCAUGGUGAGCGGCUGAGGACCAUGAGCUGCAGUGACAAGAUCCUGCGAUGGAACGUUCUUGGCCUACAGGGGGCGCUGCUUAGUCAUUUUAUGCACCCUGUUUACCUGCGCUCCAUCACACUUGGAUACCUCUACAGUCAUGGUCACCUGACUCGAGCUGUAUGCUGCCGAUUGGCCAGAGAUGGGGAUAAGUUUAAAAACAGUCUACCAGCAAACUUUACUCUCAACCACCCUGAGGUGGGUAGGGUGAGUGUGUACGACUCAACACGGCACACAGGUAAGACAAAAGAAUCGAGUGUCAACUGGAGUCAGCCGGAUCAGUUUACUGUUGAGGUACUGGAUGGAACCAAGGGAAAACUGGACAGUUCCAAGAUGGAGGUAUCGAGAGUCUCGAAGUCAAGUAUGUUCUGUCUUUUCCAUGGCUUAUGCCAGCGUGCCGGGCGAAUCGAUCUGCUGGCGUUGCCUUCUUACGCCCACGCAAAGAUGGCCGCCACUUCAUUCCAGGAUGCCAAGAGGCUGUUCUUCCUGGCACUAAACCAGCACGGAUAUGGCACAUGGAUUGGGAAACCCUUGGAAGAAAAAAGUUUUGAGGGUGAUUCCAAAGUCAUGGACAAUCCUGGGGCCAAUCACGGCUGUGCUGUUGAUCCUAAUAGCUGCUCCAGCUCAAACAACAACUUUCAUUCAACUACACAAAGCUUACAGGGGUAGAGAGAGAAGAAAUCAUGAGAAAGAUUAAAGUGGCGGGCAGCGGGAGGGAAAGAUUAGAUGGUGGGUGAUGUGAGAGAACAGGACUGAGGGAAUGAUCGUAGAUUUUUUUCGUAGAUGGCGAAGAACAGGAUAAGCCUGUGGGCUCAAAAUUUUAACUUUAGCCGUCGUGACAAACCUGGUUGCUGCUAUGGCAACACAGUUAAAAACCUAUGGCAAUAUAGACAUGAUGAGACAACAGUAGAAAUUAUUGCGUUUUUAGUGGGUUUCCUCAUUUUGAAAUAGCAACUGCAGUGAUGACGUAGCAGGCUUACCCUGUUCUUACCAUAUUUUUGUAGUGUGGUUUCUCUAAGUACUUUUGAAUAAUCUAAUAAUGAUGCAUUUAAAAAGGACUUUCAGAGACGUGUGAUUACGUUAUAUUUACCAAGCUUCAUUUAUUUUGUAAUUCGAAUACUUUUUGAGGUUUGACAUGGUCAUGAAUAAUGUAUUGUUUCCUGACUUUUCUUAAUUUCAUUCAGACUACCUAUAUGCUUUAAGUCUGCGUGGGAUUAAUCUGCUACUGUAUCUUCUUGGGAUCAGAAAUUUUUAAUUUUUUGCACCACUUUACAACCGAGUAUGUAAAGUUCUGCAUAUCGAAAUGAUUGAAAUGUAUACAUAAUGUAAAUACAGAUACAUAUGCACACAGAUGUAUAUAUAAAGCUUGUUGAGUCUAUAUAUAAAUGUGUGUGUGUUUAUGUAUGUGUAUAUAUUGUAUGUAUAUAUUUUGUAAUAAUUGAUAACUUUAAAAAUCUAUAUCGUUUUCUAUCUUUAAUUUUUAGGAUGUCUUUUUAUACGACGUGUGUGUUUUGUUUUAACUACUGUUCAAGUAGGAGCUCAUGGUAAAUACUGCAUGCAGCUAAACACUCUAAAUUGCAUCUGCUGUACUGGGUAGGUGGCACAAACCAGUCCUAUUCACCUUUGUCGACAUUAAUUGUUUAUUGGACUAUAUAUACACCCUGUUUUCCCCACCUUAUUGUGAAGUAGAAAAAUCUGCUAUGCUUGUGUUUUAUGUGUACAGUCAAAAAUGUAACCGAUGCAUUGCUUCAAGACUAAAGCAAUACUAACAUGUUAUUACAUUUUUUUUUUCAGCAAAUGUGAUGAGUCUGUAUGCCUCAAACAUUUUUGUUUAAGCUUAGAGGUCUGUUUUUUCAAAUACACAUGCAUAUUUUAAAGGUUUGAAAAGUUGUGUUCAUUUAAAACCUAAAUUAGUUAUUUUAAAUGAUUUUUAGUUGAGAAGACAGAUAAAAAAAUUAAAAUUGGAAGGUGACUGCUACUGAACAUUCAGCGAAAUGAGUUCUGUUGUGAAUAUUUUAAUAUGAAAUAAAACAUUUGGCAUUCUG